AUGGCCAAGGAGACAGAGCUGAUGGGUGAUGCAGCCACAAAGAAAAGGAAGGUCCCCAUACCACCCACCUCUGCAGCCCACACAUCCUGGCAAGAGCACCCUGGGAACCACAAGCUUGAGCACUCUGCGCUUGAGUUUCCAGGCCACCGAGUGGGCAAGAAAAAGAGAGAACAGCCCGUGUUUAUCGUGGGUGCCAAGGCCUCUGACACCCGGUCGUGCAGACUGAGAUGGUGCUCAGUGACCUGGUGUGGCCGAGGCCAGCCCCUGAUGGAGGGAGAAGGGAGUGGUGUGAUUCAGGGCCCCCGAAUCCAGGAGGAGCUCAUCUUAGCUAAUUACGUCGGCAAAGAUACUGUCCAAGUCGCCCAGAGAAAGGGGGUCAAGAGCCUGUCUUCUCUCGAGCCGGAGGUCCUGUCCGUUUUCGUGCCUCCGUUCGUCAGUAAGGAGGACGGAGCGGCGGCUGGCGUGAACUGUGCAACUCUGGGAAAGCCCAGGAGGCGCUCCUUCCGGAAGAAGAGAGAGCGGCCCAAAGCUGAGCCCUGGAGGGGCCUCCCGGGCGGCCCCAGGGGCCCGGACCCCGAGGACGUCAGCGUCCCCAACGGCGUGGACCUGCUGGCCCUGCCGCAGCUGUGCUUCCCUGGGGGCGUGUGUGUGGCCUCUGAGCCCAAGGAGGACUGUGUCCAUUUUCUGGUGCUGACCGACGUCUGCGGCAACAGAACCUAUGGCGUGGUUGCCCAGUACUACCGACCCUUGCACGACGAGUACUGUUUUUACAAUGGCAAGACGCACUGGGAGGUGUCGGGACCGAGCGGGGGCGCAGCCGGCUGCUUCAUACCCUUCGCCGUGUGUGUCGUCUCCAGAUUCCCCUAUUACAACGCCCUCAAGGACUGCCUGUCCUGUUUAUUGACUCAUCUGAAGUUCUGUAAAGAUUUUGAAGUUGACAAUCACAUAAAAGAUUUUGCUGCAAAACUGUCUUUAAUACCGAGCCCGCCACCUGGACCUCUCCAUUUGAUAUUUAACAUGAAACCACUACAGAUCGUGUUUCCCUCGAGAGCGGACCCCGAAAGCCCGCUCAUCGACCUGGACCUUCACCUGCCCUUACUGUGCUUCAGACCCGAGAAGGUGCUGCAGAUCCUCACAUGCCUCUUGACGGAGCAGCGCGUCGUGUUCUUCUCGUCCAGCUGGGCUCUGCUGACGCUGGUGGCCGAGUGCUUCAUGGUCUACCUGCACCCCCUGCAGUGGCAGCACACGUUCGUGCCCAUCCUGUCGGGGCAGAUGCUGGACUUCCUCAUGGCGCCCACAUCCUUCCUCAUGGGCUGCCACCUCGACCACUUUGAAGAAGUCAGCAAGGAAGCCGACGGCCUGAUUCUGAUAAACAUCGACAGUGGCAGCAUCGCGCACUUGAGCAAGGAGGAUGCCGCUGUCCCCGACAUCCCUCUCCUGGCUGCGCAGACAUUUGUCCAGAGGGUCCAGACCCUGCAGCUGUACCACGAGCUGGACCUCGCCCACCUCUGCGCCAGCACUGACCUGAACGAGGACCGAGCCUCUCGGCGGGCCUGGCAGCAGGGACUCAACCACCAGAUACAGCAGAUCACCGUGCACCUGCUUGUCAGCAUCUUCAGGGAUGUGAAGAAUCACUUAAAUUAUGAACAUCGUGUGUUCAACAGUGAAGAGUUCCUCAAAACCAGAGCCCCAGGGGACCAGGCCUUCUAUAAACAGGUCUUGGAUACCUACAUGUUCCACGCUUUCCUCAAGGCCCGGCUCAGCAGAAGGAUGGACGCCUUUGCCCAGAUGGACCUCCACACGCAGUCCGAGGAGGACAGGAUAAAUGGGACACUCCUAAGUCCGAGAAGACCGACGAUCGAGAAGAUGGCCAGCCGCAAGUCCUCGUCGCUGCAUGCGGCCGACAGGCGCAUGGUGGUCAGCAUGCCCAACCUGCAGGACAUCGUGGUUCCCGAGCUGCCGCCCCGCAACUCGUCGCUUCGGAAAAUGCACACCUCGGAUUGUGGGAGCAGCCAUGCAGUUCUGAGUGUGGCCCCCAAGUCCACGCACACCUUCAAGAUCCCGGAAGUCCACUUCCCGCUGGUGGGCCAGUGUGUGCAGGCGUUCCACGCGGACUGCGCCGCCCAGCUGACCAAGGCCAUGGGCUCGCUGCCGCCCGAGAGCUCGGCGCUCCUGGCCGGGUUCCUCUACCUGCGCGGGCUCGUCCGCCUGACGCAGGGCCAGCUGCUGGGCGCGCUCCUGGACUUUCAGAGCCUAUACAAGACGGACGUGCGGAUCUUCCCCGCCGACCUCGUCCAGAGGACGGUGGAGUCCCUGUCGGGGCCCGAGCGCGUGCAGGCGGAGCGGACGCCCGAGCUGCGGAGGCUCAUGAGCGAGGUCAUGGACAAGCCCGCGGACGCCCCCAAGGCCGACGACCGCGUCAAGCACUUCGAGCUGCCCAGGACGCACAUGCAGCUGGACGACUUCGUGAAGAGGGUCCAGGAGUCGGGCAUCGUGAAGGACGCCGGCACCAUCCACCGGCUGUUCGCCGCACUGACCGUAGGGCACGAGAAACAGAUUGACCCGGAAACAUUCAAGGAUUUCUACAACUGCUGGAAGGAGGCAGAAGCAGAGGCCCAAGAAGUCAGUCUGCCUUUGUCCGUGAUAGAACACCUGGAUAAAAACGAGUGUGUCUAUAAGCUGUCCAGCUCCGUCAAGACGAACCGCGGCGUGGGCAAGAUCGCCAUGACCCAGAAGCGCCUGUUCCUCCUGACCGAAGGGAGACCGGGCUACGUGGAAAUUUCCACCUUCAGAAACAUAGCGGAAGUCCGGAGCACCACGGUGGCUUUCCUGCUCCUGAGAAUUCCCACCUUAAAAGUCAAAAUGGUGUCCAAGAAGGAAGUCUUUGAAGCUAACCUCAAGAACGAGUGUGACCUGUGGCACCUGAUGGUGAAGGAGAUGUGCGCUGGGAAGAGGCUGGCCGAUGAGUACAAGGACCCCCAGUACGUGCAGCAGGCGCUGACCCACGUCCUGCUGAUGGAUGCUGUCGUCGGGGCGCUGCAGUCGCCCGGGGCCGUGUACGCUGCCUCCAAACUGUCUUACUUCGAUAAGAUGAAGAACGAGAUGCCCCUGGCCGUUCCCAAGACGACCUCGGAGACGCUGAAGCACAAGAUAAACCCGUCGGCGGGUGAGACAACCCCACGCGGCGUGGACGUCCUGCUCUACACCCCAGGGCAUCUGGACCCAGCAGAAAAAAUUGAGGACGCUCACCCCAAACUAUGGUGUGCUCUGGACGAAGGCAAGGUGAUUGUGUUCGAUGCUUCCUCGUGGACGGUCCACCAGCACUGCUUUAAAGUGGGCACUUCUAAGCUGAACUGCAUGGUGAUGGCGGAGCAGAGCCAGGUGUGGGUCGGCUCCGAGGACUCCGUCAUCUACAUCAUCAACAUCCACAGCAUGUCCUGCAACAAGCAGCUCACGGACCACCGCUCCAGCGUCACGGGUUUGGUCGUGCAGGAUGGAGCUCAGGCGCCGAGGGAGGUGUACUCGUGCAGCAUGGACGGGACGGUCCUGGCCUGGAACGUGAGCACGCUGCGGGUGACCAGCAGGUUCCAGCUGCCGAGCUGCGGGCUCUCGUCCAUCAGACUGCACAGCGACCGCCUGUGGUGCUGUACUGGUACCAGCAUCAUGCUCGUGACCACGAAUGGAUUUGUCCGUCAGGAACUGAAGAUCAACGAGAACUUCACAGAGAUAAGCACCUCCUUCCUGGGUUUCCAGCUCGUACCCGAGGAGCAGCUCUGGGCGGCCUGUGCUGGGUACGGCGACCUCUACAUUUGGAGCCUGAGGGACCUGGCCCAGCCCCCCCAGAGGAUCCACCUGCCCGACUGCUCCGAGGUCAACUGCAUGAUCAGGGUGAAGAAGCAGAUCUGGGUGGGCGGCACCGGGCUGUCGCAGGGAAGGUCCAAGGGUAAGAUCUACGUGGUCGACACCGAGAGGAAGACGGUGGAGAAAGAGCUGGUGGCCCACGCGGACACGGUGAAGACCCUGUGCUCCGCGGAGGACAGAUACGUGCUGAGCGGGUCCGGCCGCGAGGAAGGGAAGAUCGCCAUCUGGAAAGUCGAGUGACCUGGGCGCCCGUGGGAGCGGCGCUGAGCCCUGCGAGGGAGCGGCGUGCCUUCGGCCGGCUUUCUGGAGCCUUCCCAGAGAAGGCGGGUCCCCACCUGCCCAGCGGUGAGCGGGGCGUGGCCAGUGCAGGCGCCUGCUCGGCGCUCGGGCCUCAGUUACCAGGCCUGUAAUAUCGGACUUUCUCUCUCGGGCUUAACGGAUUUAACUGUACCGUUUCAGGUUGGGUUGCCUGUCAGUUAACCUCCGCUGAGAAGUCACCCCUGCGUUGUCUAGGCAGUUUCAGAAUCCACGACCUGGGCCAGCACCGGGCCAGCUGGAAGCAGUUUAGCCAAAGCACACGCGACCCGCAGACCUCAGGGCUCUGGUCUUGCCUUUCCCUGGCUUCACUCACUCAUUCACUCACCAAAUGCUGAAGCCGACAGCCCCACACUGACCUCUCGUUUCCAGCAAAGCUCACAAGAAGGGGCGUUUUUAAAUGGCCGCUUUGUGGUUGAACAGGUUUGCGCCUGCCCUCACUGUCCACCAUCAGAGCAGGUGACCAGGAUCUGCCCCAGGGAGGAGACAACACUAUGAUAAGGCUGUCUGGACAGGGCUGGGCCACUGAGGCAAGUUCUUUGCCUUAAAAACAAACAAACAAAAAGAAUGCAACAAUUUUGGAAUGAGGAAACCCAGAGACUUUUUUCUACCAAAGAUCAGAGCUCCAUCUAAAAUCAUGUACAGACUCAGCAGACGCUAAUGUAUAUUUCUGCUCCAUGUGCAUCUUGUGUGCAUAGCAUGUAUGUAUAUGUAGACGGUGCCUUACUAUUUAAUUGAAGAUAAUCUUACUAGCUAUAAAAAAGUAUUUGCAAAAAA